UCUCCGGGGGUCUCCGGGGGUCGGUGCCGGCACUCCCGGGUGUCGGGGAUCCCCGGGGCCCAGCCGCCUCUCCGCACCGCAGCGGCCCCGGCCCGGUGCCGCCAUGGACGAUUUGAUCCUCAACUUGGACUUCUCCGCCCCCGAAAGCCGCCCGAAGAAGAAGCCGGGGAACCAAAAGCACCAGAGCUUCGUGCGGCGGCGGCGAGAGCUGGAGCGCCGCGGGGUCCUGCGGCAGAAGCAGCUCCCGGCGGCACCGGGCGGGCCCCGGCGGGCUCCGGGACGGGGGUCGGGGAGGAGCGGGGGCGGCCCCGGGAAGCCUCGCUCGGGCCGGCCCGGGUCGUGCCCCAAAGAGAACGGCCCUGCCGCCGCCCCCCGAUGCACCCCGGACUCCCAGAACGGCCACACCGGGACCUCAAGGACCAAGGGGAAGGCUCGGGGGGCGGCUCGGGACUCCGCCAAAGCUGUCGGAGCCCCCCCGGCAUCCCAGAAGGGCUCCGCUGGAACCGGUGCUCCCGCUAGCAGCAAGGGGAAGGCUCGGGGGGCGGCUCGGGGCACCCCCACGGCCGGCGGUGCCCCCCCGGCGCCCCCCAAGCUCGUGGCCAUAGACUGUGAGAUGGUGGGCACGGGCCCCGGCGGGCGCACGAGCUCCCUGGCCCGCUGCAGCAUCGUCACGUACGAGGGUGAUGUGGUGUACGAUCAGUACGUGCGGCCCGAGGCUCCCAUCGUGGAUUACCGGACCCGCUGGAGCGGGAUCCGCCGGCAGCACAUGGCCAGAGCCGUGCCCUUCCGCAGGGCGCAGCAGCAGGUGCUGCGGAUCCUCGCCGGGAAGGUGGUGGUCGGCCACGCCAUCCACAACGACUUCAAGGCUCUGCAGUACUCCCAUCCCAAAGCUCUGACCCGGGACACGGCGCAGAUGCCGCUGCUGAACCGCCGGGCUGGCUUCCCGGAGAACACGGCCAUCUCCCUCAAGCGCCUCACCAAGGCUCUGCUGAACCAGGACAUCCAGGUAGGGAAAAGCGGGCAUUCCUCGGUGGAGGAUGCCCGAGCCACCAUGGAGCUCUACAAGGUGGUGGAGGAGGAGUGGGAGCAGCACCUGCGGCAGAACCCGAAGCAGAAGUGACGCUCUGGGGGCUCAAAGUGACACCCCCAGCCUGGUCCUGCCUCUGGGGGAACCCAGAGUGACACCCCCAGCCUGGUCCUGCCUCUGGGGGAACCCAGAGUGAUGCCCCCAGGCCUGGUCCUGCCCCUUGGGGCUCCUGUGGCUGCUGAGAGGCUGCCCCAGUCCGUGGAUGACGAGGAGCAGGGUGUGACAUCCCCCAGGCUGAUGUGCCUUGUCCCGCCCUGUUCUCGCCAGGAUUUGGGGAGGGACUGGGACGGUGCCUUCCCCAAGAGGGGUCUCUGGGAUCCUGCGCCCCCCAGACACUUCGGGGCUGCUGCUGGUCCUGAUCUGGGAGCGACACUGGGGCAUCCUGAGCACAGCCCCCAUCGCUGGGGCUUUGGGAAUGGAGCGGGCUCCUUCCUCUUGCCAAAACUACCUCUGGCAGCUGCCCGUGCGCCCCGGGCCGCAGUGUAGGAGUGGGUGGGACUCGGAUCCCUCUGGAAAGUCCCCACUUUGCUCCGGGAGCUGCUUGGGUCGGUGGUUGAGUUCCACCUACCUCGUUGUGCAGAGGGCAGGACAAACCCGGGCGUGGGGAGCAGCCCCGUGUGCCUGCCCGAGCCCCCAGUGCUGCCCCGGGGAGUCCCCCCGGAUCCGGCCCGGGGACACCCCCGGCACCGGAGGGCGGCCUUACCCCGCAGGCGCCGGAGCCCGACGGGAACCGCUUUGAACUGAAACGUUUAUGUGCAAAAUCCUAAUU